UGGACAAGCAAGCAAAAGCGCCACUGCUCACUCCCCACCUUCACACUUCACCACUCCACUCCACUGCCCAGCUCCCAAUCUCAGUCCCAGUCUCAGUACCCGAGCUCCGGCCGCGAGCGAGUAAAAUACUCCUCCCUCCCGACCUCCAAUCCCUCCGAGUCAACUGACUGACUGACGAUGGAUCGGCACGGGCAGCACCACCGGCUGGUGACGAUGCCGCGGGAGGGGGAGGCGGCUUCCUCCUACGCGGGAGGGGGCGUGGACGUGGUGGCGCGGGAGGCGGCGGCGCAGGCGCUGGGGGCGGUGGUGCAGCUGCACUUCGACAAGACGGUGGAGAAGAAGCGCAGCGCCGACGCGCAGAAGCAGGAGCUCUGGCGCCUCUUCCUCGCCUUCUUCCUCUUCCUCGCGCUCGUCCUCUCCGCCGUCUCCGGCGGGGGCCGCCUCCAGUGCCGCCACCUCUGGGCCCCCGCGGGCCUCCUCUCCCUCGCCCACCUCGCCUUCUACGCCGCCGUCGCGCACCACCUCCGAUGCCUCAACGGCUUCAGGUACCAGCGGCGGUGCCACAAGCUGACGCUGGCGCUGGCGGCGGACCGGCUGCGGAUGCUCAAGUCGGCGGGGGAGGUGGUGGCGGCCGCCGACGUGGAGGUGCCCUACCAGGAGCCGCACGACACCUACCUCGCCAAGUUCAAGCGCAGCUGGGCCAUCCACUUCGCCUUCCUCAUCGCCACCUUCGCCUUCUCCGUCGCCGCCGCCGUCGCAGUCCUCUGCUUCUAGCCCUACCCCUAGCCUAGCUACCACCAUUACCUUCUCCUCCUCCUCCUCCUCCUCCUCUCUGCUUCUUCUGUUCAUCAGGAUUACUAGUAGAAUCGAAUCGAUUGUGCUGUGCUGUGUUCCACCAUUAGCAAGCAAGCAGCACCCAGAAACAAUGUCCUACAGACAGCAGCACCAAGAGUGAGUGACAUCUGUUUGCCUGCCUACCAACAUUCAUUAAUGUCAAGGAUCUUCGUUGGCCAUGAUUCUGACCAACUCUGCUUUGCUUUGCUUUCACUCUGGCCGGCCUAAUCAUCAAUUCAUCAUAACGCAACUGUCCGUGUCAA